AUUCAGUGUUUCUCUUAACUUGCAAUAAAUGGAUUUACCCCAGAAGAAGUCAACUGCACUCCUCAGCAUUUGGCAUUUGAGUCAUUAAAAUGGGACUUGUCCUUGCGAAACGACCGAUCGCAAGUUGCAACAUGCAAAGUUCCCAAAUGGCGAUGGCGAAGCGAAAGAGAGCAUGCACAAACCCAAACCCCAAAGGUGGCGGUUGCGGGUUUCCCUUUGUGGUGGGAACCACCCUGUGCGCUCUUCUCACACUCUGGGUCUUAUGGUCCAUCAAGGAACAACUCAACAAAUUUCUCCUCAUGCCCGCCGCCACAAUCCUCAGGCGAGAGUACGAGGUUAUCCUCGACCCUCCCGACAGAACCUUCUACGACGACCCACACCUCAGUUACUCCAUCGAGAAGCCCCUCAAAAACUGGGACGAGAAGCGGAGCGAGUGGCUCCGCCUCCACCCCCGGUUGGCCGCCGCGCGCGACUCCGUUUUCCUGGUGACGGGGUCGCAGCCGACGGCGUGCAAGAACAGCAUCGGGGACCACCUUCUCCUGCGGUGUUUCAAGAACAAGGUGGAUUACUGCAGGAUCCACGGGUGCGAGGUGUACUACAACAACCUGCACCUGAACACGAAGAUGGAGUCUUAUUGGGCGAAGGUCCAGGUGGUGCGGUCCAGCAUGAUGGCCCACCCGGAGGCGGAGUGGAUCUGGUGGCUGGACGCGGACGCGGUGAUCACCGACAUGGAGUUCAGAAUUCCGGUUGAGCGUUACAAGGAGCACAACCUGGUGGUCCACGGGUGGCCAAACGUGGUGUACGCGGAGAGGAACAAGAGCUGGACUGGGUUGAACGCCGGGUCGCUCCUCAUCCGGAACUGCCAGUGGUCGAUGGACUUGAUGCAGGUGUGGGCCCAAAUGGGCCCAAUAAGCCCCCACUACGAGGAAUGGGGGAAGGUGUUGACUUCCGUGUUCAAGGACAAGCCUUUCCCACUCCCGGACGACCAAUCCUCGUUGAUUUACUUGCUGUGGAAGGAAAGAGAAAAAUGGGGCGUGAAAACGUUCCUAGAGGAGGGGUACGAGCUGGAGAGUUAUUGGUUGAGCAAGUUGGGGAGGUUUGAAGAGAUAAACGAGGGGUACAUUGAGAUGGAGGAGGAGGUGAGGGGGUUGAGGAGGAGGCACGCCGAGAAGGUGGCUUUGUGGUACGCCGACUUAAGGGAGCCUUACCUUAAAGAGAGAGGCUGGCUGCCCUUGAGCCGAGGGAGGAGGCCCUUUGUCACGCACUUCACCGGCUGCCAACCCUGUACUGGGGAUCACAACCCUCAUUACAAGGGGGACACGUGUUGGAAGGAGAUGCGGAGGGCUUUGAAUUUCGCGGAUAAUCAGGUCCUUCGGAACUAUGGUUUUGUCAGGAAGUAUUUGACAUCCACGUCCGUGCAUCAGGUUCCCUUUGAUUUUCCCCAGCGCGAUGUCUUGCGCUGAACACUCUCUCUGCUCUUCUUUCAUUUCUCUAAUUCAAUUAAUACAAACUUCACCCA